AUGACGUACAAUGAGCAUGGUAAUGAUAGUGACAAAGACAGGAAUGAUUCCUCUUCGAGUAUAACAGAGAUUGGAUAUUCAACCAACUACCCUCCGACUGCACCUUCCCCGACAGAAGGUAGGCGACGCCAAGAUCCAGUACCACCGUCCUACCAG